CCGCGUUCGGUUGUCUUUUGGCCUCCACAGUUGUGAAUCGUAUCGGUGUUGCUGUUGUUGUGGUUUUUGAUUGUUGAGGGCGCAUGCGCAACUGCCACCAGCAAACGGUAAAAAGAGUCAGAAGGGAGAACGUUUAACUUGGCUCAAGAAGAAUCUUUCCCGUGGCAUUUGCCAUACAAAUGUUAGAAAAGUUAAUGAAGUGCAAAAAUGUUUGUCGUUGCAUUACAAUUGCCCACCAGUUACAGCUACAGCUGAACACGGCUACAGCGAACGAAGGCGCCUCCGCAACGCUUUGAUUUGCGCUGCAAUUUGACCCCUCGUGUCCCCUUUUGUUUUUGUGUUUUUUGGUUUUGGUAACGCUUUCGGUUGUAAAGUGAAAAUUGUACAGCAUCCGCCAAGCGCGAAAAAAAGUACGCGCGCGCAUCUCUGUGUGACUCUCCGUGUGCUAAAACAAGAAGACCCCGACUAACUUAACCUUCUUGUACUCCUGCUGACUAGUUGUUGGCGACUAUUUUGGAUUAUACUGGCAUACUUACUUGCCAGCGGAAUAAGAUCAUCACAAGCAUAUCACAAUCAACAAUCAGUACGCACUGUCUACGAGACACAAACACAAUUGGCAACGCAUCAUCAUCAUCAUCAUCAUCAUGGAGCCGAAUCUGAAUCCGCAUCCGAGUGCUAAUAUGCUAAAACAAUUGCUGCUGAAGAAUCAUCAGGACGCCAUCUAUCAAAAUCAAUUGAACUCCCAGCCGCAUUCACUAUCAAUGGCGGAUAGUCGGGAACGCAUACGAGGUCCUUCGCGGGAUGGCAGAGAGUUCUUGACAAGUCCUCGCCAAGUGCUACGUCGUUUGAUGCUUCUAUCGGAGGGUCGCCAAUAUCGUGAAGCUGCUGGCGUGGUGGGGCGACUGGGUCCUUCGGUCUUGCGUUCUGUAAUCGCUGAGCUUCCCCUUGACUUAUUGCUAGAACAUUUGCCACACAGUGCCUAUUUGCUAGAGUCGUUCUUUUCUCGUCUCAUCACACUGAAUACCACACCCAAACCGGAAGUGCCCAGCGAAACAGUUGCCUUUCAGCUAGUACGCCUCUUUGCCAAUCCUCACGAGUCUGGACUACGUCAGCGUUGCACUAAGCUAUUGCAGGCUUUGGCUCAAUAUGAACCCAGUUUGCGUCAGACUCUAAGGGAGCGUCGUCGGAGUUUUGACAAUGCCGUGCAGGGUCUUGGAGUUCAUGGGCUGACUACAGAUGCCUCUGGUCAGUUGAUUUCCCUGCAUGUUGCUCUGAAGACAGAGUUACAACGACAUGUGGACACCUAUAAAAUGGCCAUACAUAAGCUGGAAGAGUUGAGCAUGGUAACUGUCAAUCAGGAUCCGGCUCAUUCUUCGCAUCAGCGUCUCUUGGCCAUCAAUUAUGGCGACAUACAGCAGCGUUUGAUUGACAACAAGACUUUGUUGACUAUGCUGGAUAAGCCGGCAUUGAAACAGCUCUACACUCUGGUGGAGAAUCUCAGCACUCGUGUGGAGAACGACAAAGAUGUGCUCUCCUGCGUGGGUCAGGUGAAGCGUCUAGAUGCCCAGGCCCAUGUGGAGAAGCGUCCAGCCGCUGGACUUCUCAUGAACUUCUCACGUGGCUGUGAGGUAGUUCUCCAUAUGAUGGGACCGGAGAGUGUCCCACCCAGUCCUGUGGCCAUGAAUAAGACAACCACAAAUGGGGGCAGUAGCUGCAGUGAUGGCUAUCAUUCAGAUGAUUCGGCCAGCGAUGAUGGCAGUGAAAUGGUGUCACUCUAUCGAAAUUUGUAUAUCGAGAAUCGAGCAGAUGCCCUGGAGGCGUUGGACAGUUUGCCCCAAUUGAAACAUGUGCACAGUCUGAAGGGUAAAAUACUCUUCUCCAUGAUUGUGCUUUCUUUUCGCCUAUGCCAUGGUAUGCGGGAACGUAAAGUGCUCGAAGUGCGACGAGUUCUCAACUGCGCACUGGAUAGCAGCAAUGAGAGUACUUUGGCAUUGGAUCGAGCUGUGCGCCAUCAUCUGCACGAGACCAUCGAUAGUUUUCCACUGGGAGAGAUUGAACGUUCUGUCUUUAAUCAGGUGUUGUCCACAUUACAUGAGUAUCCCUGCCUGGAGACGUGUCCACCCUUGACGCAUUUCGUGAGUGCCUGUGUGCGUUUGGCUUGGCGUAUGAUCAACCAGAAGGCUCCCUAUUAUUUGGACACAGAUUUUAAUUUGGGAUUUCUACGUCCCGAGAAACAUGAACGCCAUUCACAAUCAGACCGACGUUCGGAUCUGAUAAAGGCUUUUCUCUGGCCUGCUCUUAUGCAGAAUAAUCAGUGUGCCUUUAAAGCCGUCGUGGCCACCUAGAGAAUGACUUUCUUUUAUCUUAGCAUUACCUACACAUAAAUACAUAUGUACUUAUAAAUUAACACUUUGUACAAUAAAAACUUUAACUUUAACCUUAA